CAACAUAUCUGUCAAUUCAGUCUAGGAUGGAGUUCAUGGUAUUAUCCAAUCUAAGUAUUUUAACCAUGAUAACAUGGACAUUUAGUGCAAUUUCAGAAACAACAGACAAUAAAAUAUGUGACAAGACAAAUUCGUGCAUAUUCAACUCAACUGAUUGGAGUAAGCCACAAGAAAUAUCUGGUCUCGUUCUAAUAGGUAUGGCUCUAAUGUUGGCACUCAUCAUUAUACUCAUCAAAGGAUUGCACACUGCAUCAAAAAGGAAUACCAUUUUCAUAAUUAUAACCUUGAUUAUGAUGAUUAUCGGUGUUGGGUUGGUGACUUUAUGUGUUACUUGGUAUGAAAAGGUCAUUGCGGCAAUUGUUUCAUUCUCGAUAAUGCUCUUUGCUGUUGAAUUGUGUCUCAGCAUAAAACGUUCUGCAGGGAGAUGGACGACACUAGUAUUUUUAGUUUGCAGUGCAUUGGUGACAGUUGGAAUGGUCUGCAGUAUUUUAAGUAUUAAUUGGUGUCAACUUCCAU